AUGGCUCAUGGCUUCCUUCUCUUCCUCUUAUUCUCUUACACUAUAUCUGCAAAUAUUCAUGCCUACAAACAAACUGAACAUACCUCCCUCCUGUCCUUUGCUUCCACUCUAUCUUCCCCUCCUCUAAAUUGGACAUCCAUUGAUUACUGUCGUUGGAAGGGCAUCAUUUGUAAUCAAGAUGGUUGGGUCACCCAUUUGCUCUUGCCUUUCAAAGGGAUCAAAGGAGGUAUUUCUGCUUCACUUGGAAAUCUCACACAUCUCACCCACUUGAACCUUUCCCACAAUUUACUAUAUGGUUCACUUAAAGCUCAGUUCUUCUUGUCUUUGAAUCGACUCGAGUUCCUUGAUUUGAGCUAUAAUCUUCUUUCUGGAGAGCUACCAUUUUCUCUAUCAUCCAGCAAUAUCCGGAUAGUCGAUUUGUCCAGCAAUCACUUUCAUGGUGCAAUUCCAUCUUCAUUCUUCCAACGAGCAAGCAACUUGACUAGUUUCAAUGUCAGCAACAAUACCUUCACGGGUGGCAACCUUGCUUUUGGGCUAGGGGGGUGUUCCGAACUUAAGGUUUUUCGUGCUGGUCACAAUAACCUCUCAGGAUUACUUCCAGAAGAUAUCUAUAAUGCUACCAAACUUGAAGAAAUUGCAAUACCUCUCAAUUCACUACGUGGAUCCAUUAGUGAUAAAAUUAUCAACCUCACCAACCUUGCAAUCCUUGACUUCUACAUUAAUCAAUUGAGCGGUAGGCUUCCUUUCAAUUUGGGGAAGCUCUCCAAGCUGAAGUUUGUGAACCUUGAUUUCAACUAUUUAGAAGGUGCUUUGCCCCCAUCUUUGAUGAAUUGCACAAACCUCGUAGAACUUCAUUUGGGAUUCAACAACUUGGAAGGAGAUAUCUCCAUGCUUAAUUUCUCCAUACUUAGUCAACUUACAAAACUUGACUUAAGGGGGAAUAACUUCACUGGUACGUUGCCAGUAAGUCUUUACUCAUGUAGGUCCCUGAAAGCCAUUGGAUUGACUGGAAAUCAUCUAGAAGGACAAAUACAAGCGGAGAUUCUUUCAUUGAAAUCCUUGUCUUUCCUCUCUCUUGGUUACAACCAAUUCACCAACCUCACAGGGGCAAUGAAGAUAUUAAUGAGUAGCAAAAGUCUUCACAUACUCUUUCUUACUGGUUCCUUUGUAGGUGAGGAAAUGCCAUCUGAUGAUGACAUGGUUGAUUUUGAUGGAUUCCAAAAUCUUUGGUUGUUGAGUUUGGCCUAUUGUAAUCUCACUGGUCAAAUACCUCUGUGGUUAUCAAAGCUAAAAAAUCUAGAGCUCUUGAGUCUAAAUGUUAAUCAAAUCACAGGGCGAAUUCCAAGUUGGCUAGGAACUCUUCCUAGACUAUUUUAUAUCAACUUGUCACACAAUCGAAUUUCAGGUGAAUUUCCAAAGAAACUUUGUAGACUACCAAGUUUGAUUUCAAAACCUAUUGCAUCUGAAGUAGACCAAUAUGAAUUUGAAUUACCUCUCAUCACAAUCUCAGAUAGAAAAACUUAUCCACCGCACAGAUUGUCUUACUUUCCAGCGUUGAUAGACCUAUCUGACAAUAACAUUGAUGGAGAGAUACCUACUGAGAUCCACCAAUUGCAGCUUCUUCGCAGAUUGUAUCUUAACUCCAACAAUUUCGUCGGUGUCAUUCCAGACCAAAUAUCUAACCUAAAAGAAUUAGAGGUUUUGAACCUCUCCAUGAAUCAUUUGUCUGGAAAAAUCACAUCGUCUUUGCUGAGACUUAAUUUUUUGAGAAGCCUUGAUGUCUCAUACAAUAAUCUCCAAGGACCAAUACCAACAAGCACUCAGAUCCAAAGCUUCAACGCUUCUUCCUUUGAGGGGAAUCCAAAACUUUGUGGUGACCCGCUUCCAAAGAAGUGCGGACCAAAUAAGGGCAUUGAUGAAGAUAACAAGAACAAAGACGUGGACAAUGGGCUUCAUCAACUUCCAUGGUUUUAUAUCUUCGCUGCAUUGGGGUUCAUAGUGGGAUUUUGGGGAGUCUGUGGUUCUUUAGUUAUUAACAAGACAUGGAGAUAUGCAUAUUUUCGAUUCAUCGAUAAUGUACAAGAUAGGUUGUAUGUGAUGGUAACAAUGCGCAUCAACACGAUCAAGAGAAGUCUUAGAGGCUAG